CCAAGAUUUCCAAAUCAAGCAGAGCCAUGGCGAACCUCCUCUCCUCGGCCCCGUCCCACGCGACGCUCCCGGACUGCUUCGUCUUCCUGCCCGAUCAGCGCCCGCCGGCCUCCUCUCAGGCUGUCUCCCUCCCGGUCAUCGACCUCUGUCGCGGCCGCGACGAGGUCCGCCGCGCCGUCCUCGACGCCGGCAAGGAGCUCGGGUUCUUCCAGGUGGUCAACCACGGCGUCUCUGCGGAGGUGAUACGGCACAUGGAGGCGGUGUGCGAGGAGUUCUUCUGGCUCCCUGCGGAGGAGAAGGUGGCCUUCUACUCGGAGGACACGGGCAAGCCCAACCGGCUCUUCUCCAGCACCACCUACGAGCUCGGCGGCGAGAAGUACUGGCGGGACAGCCUCCGCCUCGCCUGCGGCUCGCCCGUCGGCGACACCAAGAACAACUGGCCCGACAAACCCCAAAAGCUCCGCGAGGUGGUGGAGAAGUUCGUGGAGCCGACGAGAGGCGUGGGGAUGCAGCUGCUGAGGCUGCUGUGCGAGGGCAUGGGGCUCCGUCCGGACUACUUCGAAGGGGCCCUCACCGGCGGCGACGUGAUCAUUAACGUUAACCACUACCCGCCGCGCCCUGCCCCGGGCCUGACGCUCGGCCUGCUGCCCCACACUACUAGGAAAAGGUGCCACUGCGACCGGAACCUCAUCACUCUCCUGCUCCACAGCACCGUGCCCGGCCUUCAGGUCUCCUACAAGGGCGACUGGAUCAACGUCGAGUCCAUGCCCAACGCCUUCAUCGUCAACUUCGGCCACCUGCUCGAGAUUGCGACUAACGGGGUUUUGAAAAGCAUCGAGCACCGGGCGAUGACCAACGGGGCGCUGGCACGAACGUCGGUGGCGACGUUCCUCAUGCUGGCCGCGGACAUCCCCAUCGGCCCCGCGGAGGAGCUCGUUGGCCAGGGCAACCCGCCGCGCUAUCGCACUGUCACUUUCGACAAGUUCAUGCGCGUGUACAAGACCGUCGGCGCGCGGAGGAAGAGCGUGGAGAAGGCCUUCAAGCUUUAG